AUGGCUGAAUUUCACCACGAAGACCCUUACUACCUUCCCAUGGCAGCCAACGGAUGGAUCGAGGAGGAGCUAGAAGAGGUUCAUGAGGAGAACCCAGAAGAGGUUCCUGAGGAAUACAAAGAGGAGGAUUACGAGGAGGAGGAUUCUGAUGAAGAGUCAGACGAAGAGGAAACCGCUGGAGAGAUCAUUAGCGAACCUUACCUUAUUAGGAGCAGGCAAGAGACCCUUUCACCUCCUUCCUUCCAGGAAGAUUAUGUAGACAAGUUGUUCAAUGAAAUUCCAGGAGACGAGUUUUGGUCUGAACUAAAAGCCAUCAGAUGGUAUCCUAUUUCUAUUGACCCACCUUUGACCGGACAUCCAUGGAUGUGGUUUGACAAAUGGUUGUUGAAGGAGCACAUAAGUUCAGAGGCACACAACCUCAACUUGGCUGGAUUUUUUCAACUAGUUGUCCCUUUCCACAUUGACGAUCAAGCUCUUUUAUAUAUGGGUACCAGAAAGAUUUUCUUACAGGAAGCAGGGGGUCUUUCAUAUCAACAUGAAAAGUACCAUGUUCCAAUCAUCCAUACAGAUAUAAGAACUAGCAACAUUCUACUUGAUAGAGAAUUGCAGCAAAAAAUAGCAAAUUUUGGGCUUAUAAGACUGCUACCAGAAGAUACGACUCAUCUUAGCACAAAAUUCUCAGGGACUUUGACUAUAGCUGUUCACUUCACCAACCCAUUCCAUGUCAGCACACGUGUAGCAGAUAAAUGCAAUGAUGGCACCUUGCUUUUGCAGGUGAUACUCCACUCACAAGUGAAGGCUAACUUAACCAUACACGAUUCUUGGCUGGACCUAAAAGACGGUUUUACCCUUGCUGGUGAAAGUCAAAGUAAUGGAAGACCAACAUCCGCCUUCUUUCCACUUGUAGUUCCUUCUACAUCAAGAGCCGGAAUCUUAUGA